CAUGCGCAAGAUAUUCCUAAACCCCGAAUAACAGAGCACGACCGCCCAAAACAAGGUGGCACCAACUCUAAGGCGCAUCAGCACAAACCAAGCGCGCAUUACGAGAUGCCAUCCUCAGGCCUCCGUUGGACUGUGUACCAUCUCAGGACUGGGGACCAAAACGAAAACAAAAAACGUUACAAGAAAAGAAAGAAAAGAGCCGCACCUCAGCAAAUUGACGACGAUAGGGAGGAGCCUGUUACUGAUGAAGACGAUGGAGAAAGACAGUCAAGAUCUUCUGUCAAUUUUGCAUUGGUUGGUGCUGGUAUAGUGGUGUUCCUGUUCAUAUUUGCUGGACUGGCUUGUCUGUGGUAUGUUGCUUUGAUUUUCCAAUGAAAGAGACUUUCCUCGUUUGUGUGAUCGAUAUAAUCUUAGGUUCUUUAUGAAAUUUACUUAGUCGUGGCUGAAUUGCCAAUGUUUAAUAAGAAUGUUUUAAGACAGGAACCGAUGAUAGUUGACACUGUUUAGUGAUUGCUUUUCAGAAACUCACCAUGAACUUAUAACUAAUUUUUUUUCCAUUCCGUUUACAUAAAGGUAGAGCCGACGACUAUAAAUUGGCAAGCCUUGCAAACAACAAGAAAGCAAAUCAUGUAGCUAGUAGUUUUGUUUAACACGUCUUCAUUGGCGGACAUAUUACUAGGUUUGCGUUACGAUAAACUAACUUGUAUAUCGAGGAUCGUACGUACUUUUUAUGUUCCAGCAGGAUUUGUAAUACCUUUCCCCCCCAAUUCCUUCACAAGAUGUUAUUUCCGAGUGAUAGAUAUUGAGUCACGGAACUUUUGUCAGUUAAAGCUGUUUUACAUAAAUUAAAUGCGGUCUAAAAAAGUAUACAUCUAUCAGAGUUUUGAGUUAAUAUUGGUUGUCAAAAAGAAAAAAAUAUAUGUGAAACUAUAUUUUUUUUCUUUUUCACAACUAAUAUUAACUCAAAACUCUGAUAGAUACAUACUUUUUUAGACGGCUUUUAUGAAUAGAAUAUUUUAUUAGGUAUUAACCUUUGAUAAAAUAUUCUAGUCUAAAACUAUAGUAAGCAAUCAAAGAAGCUGGGGAAGCAAGCAGUUCCAAUUCAGAUUUAAAUAAGUUCAUUGAGACUUGCAUUCACGCAAAUUCACGAGUAAUUUUUUUCCAAACGAAAUUCGCCCAUAUAGCCAAAACGUUUUUUGGUUUUGGUAAGAAGCAGUUGAAAUCUUCAAGAAGAGCCCCUUGUAUCAUAGGUGGACCCAAUUUUCAAAAAUUUUUGUUAUAAUUGCUCAGGUUCCAUAUUGUUGUACACCUUGAACAUUUCUAUCUAUUUAAUUCUGCGUAUAGUGAGCUCGUCCCAUCCAAGCUCUUGGAGCAGGGGGCAGAUAGAAUCAUAACUGAGAAAGGUUAUGAUCCUAGCUACGCGGUUUUGUAGUUUUUGAAGCUUCAGAGAAAAUUCUGAAUCUAGCCCCUCCCAAACAACGCUGUAAUAGUCAGGGUACGGUCGGAUAACUUGAGAGUUAUACUUUGUUUCGAGGGUCGACGGAGGAACAAAUUGUCUCGCACACUUAAGCGCUCCGAUUGCGCUGAUUAAUUCUCUAUAUGUGGUGCCCGUGUGAGCACCUCGUCAAAGCAACAUGUAGACUAACGGAUUUGGUAGAUGUUGCUUUACAGAAAUCGGUGGAUGUUUGAUUCUUUCUAGUCUCACUGUCCACUCAAUCAGUUUGUUAGAAGUCUUUCGGCUGCUCUCCUGCCCCUCACCACCGUUCACAAUUAUAGCACUUUUGCUCUUUAAUUUCACUUGCAGGAGAACGUGUAAGAAAAGAUGCUUACGGAGAAAACACCCUGACCUGACUAGCUCCAGCGAGCGGCUUAGCCAGGAAGAGAAAAUAAACUGCGGGACGCGGACAUCAAGGGACUCUGAUAGUCAUCAACCCAAACCAAAUCCGUCAUCUUACCAACUUGCAGCCACACACUUUGAUGCCCAAUCACCGUGGACCGUAACAGAAACUCCCUCUUUGAUGGCAGUUUCUCCUAUAGAAAACACUUACGUGGUGGUCGAUAUUCCUGACUCAAAUCUAGCUUCUGAAAGACAUACUGCUUGCUCCAUUGUUGAUCUCUCUGAAUCCAGUUCAGUUUGUGUGGUUGUUGAUGCUCCUCAAGCCGACUCCCACGAGGUUGUUGAUGUACCUGACAUGAGCUCUCCGGACACCUCUUUUACCUGUUCUUCCUUAUCUAACGUGUUUUCGUGGUUUUCCUCAUCAUCUUUGACGUCCGUGUCCUCACUUGAUAUGACUUCAGCAGAACCGGAAGCCUCAUCUCUGUUUCCAGAACCUGUAGUCCAGUGCUCCUCACUAACACCUAUUUCUAGAAAAACCCUAAAGGCAGAAACUGAACUCAACGACGACCAAAUAAUCUCGUCAACCGUUGAACCGGAAAUAGUUAUCGAUGUGCUACCAUCUGAGCCUCCGAUUCCACUGACCAUCGAACCAGAGUCGUCUUUACCCUCGGUGGAAAAACAGGCACUCCUGGAAUCAUGUCUCUUGAUUCAUCCGGCCUCGCCCAAGCAGUCAUCCCUCUUCAGUUUAUCUGCUUCCACCUCUGACGAAGCAACACGAAUACUUGCCUUGGAAACAGAAAAUGUUGACUCAUCCCAACUCUCUUGCAAAACUCCUCUGGCAGUGACAGGUGAUGUAAUGUUGACUAUUCAAGACGAAGGUGAAGUUUUUCUUCGCGCAUGCAAGACAUCAGGAGCUGAAACUACAAUGAUGACCCGGAAUAGUGAGAAUGAAAAACACGUUAUACGGAACGUGGAAAGUCGAAGUCCUGCAAGUGACAUAUCUGGCGUGUCUACAAAAACCUUUGUGGAAGAUUCCGAUGUGAAAGGUAAUGUUAAGGAUAGUUGUGCAGCAAAGCCUGAAAACGGCAAUGAUGUCUUGACAUUGAUUAAAAAUGUUGUUGUUAUUGACACUUCAGGAGCGACAGGUUUGGCUGAAAAUCCUGAGAUUGAAAAGGAGAGUGAAAUCUAUGACGUCACCAUCCAGGAAAAGGAUGACGUCAUGGUAAUUGGAAACGGCACAAUCGAGUUUUCUGGCCUGACGUGCGGCAAUAAAGAAUUUCUAACGAUGACCGGUGGUGAGUCUUUUAACCCUAAUGUCUAACUUCAUACUCUCAUUUGUUGUCUUUAUCACAUUUUCAAUAGAAGAAGUGGAGACAAUUUGUUGAUUCAGAAAUAUCAAGUCGAUUCACUUUCUCUGAUCAUGUUGUCAAAUCUCAUGAUCAUUGAUAUUGUAAGGAGAAAUUUCAAGCUGAUCACUCUUAGGGUUUAAAGUAUUAAUGGUCAAAUUUCUUUUUCUAGUAAAAAUACAUGACAUUUACACACAAUAAAAUCUGCACUUAAAUCGGUAGCGAGCGCGACCUUUGUUCUUUCUUUUGCGUCUCUUGAAAUGGAAACGAGGUUGUCUCACGCUGUAAUCACUUUCCUUGUCAGAAAGGAACUUAACCAAUAUUAGUGUGUUUAACGGCGUGCGGAAUGAAGGCAACAAUAAUAUUCGCAGUUUUACCUGAUACAAGCUUUCAGCUAUUUCAACAUCGUUCUAGGGACGAAGUCUAGGUAUUCUGAACUUGGGGCGAGCGAGAAAAUGAACCGCGUGAAGACUGAAAAGAGAAGCCUCGUCCGUUUCUUAUUAUUGAUUCAUUGUUUUACUUACUGUUACCAAAAAUUCAGAUUAGCUCAUUUUGUUGUUCCACUCAAAUUUUUAUCCUCUUCAAUCUUUUAGGAACUCCUUCAACAGUUACUCGGUCCUUGGAAGAAAACAGCACUGCGGAAGCGAAUAGUUCUUUAUCUGCUUCAGAUAGCGAAAGUACAGCGAAAUUGAUGGUGGGUAUUUAUUCAAGAAAUCAUUUAUUCUUUCUUUGAUGCCGAUAACAUAAAUUUCAGUAAAAAAAUAACCGAAUUUUUUUUUUUAAUCGACGCGAACUUCUUUAAAAAGUAGGGUCCUUCAGUUUUAAGCUUUAUUUUCUCAAAAACAUUAACCAGUAAUGAAAUAGAAUAUAAAUAUUAUUAUUAUACGUUGUACUAUCUUUCUAUCAGUCUCAUUGGCUAAUAGACUUUCAAAAAAGUCCUUCGUCGGAUUUCAAAUGGCGCGGGACGAAGCACUUUUCAUACUUGAUUGGCGCCAAUUUUACCGACCCAAAAACGGCUAGCUCCGCUCGUCAAGAGGUCGACUUGUAGCAAGUCUAAUUGGCUAAGAGCCUACAGCUAUUUUGGUAAUCAGCGCAACUUAUAGAUUACUUAGUUAUCUGCUAGAUAACUGACUAAUCCAAUAACAGUAUCAUGCCAUUCAGGUUCCUAAUGCGACGGUAUGUUUAUCGUUAUUUUUUUCAAAACAAUUUAUAACAAAACAAUUAUAAGAUUCAGUUUUUUUGAUAUCCGGAAUAAUCAAGUGUUAUAAGAAUCGGCCUUCGGCUCGGCGGAUAAAAACUGUUGAAAAAUAAAUCUGGUCGAUGAACAUACAACCAGAAACUAAUUGCCAUGUAGAAAUAAUAAAUAGCAAACGGCAAGUAUAAAUCAAAGGGAAAAGUUGGCCACGUGGCACAAUUUCAGGUUUGUCGUUUGCCGUGAACGCGAUUUUAAACCACUCUAUUAUUUCCUAAUUUCACUCAUCACCAAUUGACUAGCUAUAAUAUUUCUAUCUUUAAUGGGUUUUAGGAUCGUCUCGAUGCAGAAGUUUAUGAAGUAAAACAAGGUCCUUGGGAAGCUGACUUACGGUCACCAACAAAUAUUGCCGAAAAGGAGAAUGAAAGGAGAGAAAAGGAGAUCACGUCCUCGGUUACUGGUACUGGCGAAAAGAAACCACAAGUAGGAGAAUCUUCUAAGGAAAGUGGAAAGGAUGAGAAGAGAAGUAGUGAUCAACGAAGACUGCGUAACAAGGUUAGUGAUUUUGUUAACCAGAAACAACUAAUUCCCAUGUAGAAAUAAUAAAUAGCAAACACCAAGUAUAAAUCCAAUGGCAAAGUUGGUGACGUGGUACAAUUUCACGUUUGCUGUAAACGCGAUUUUAAACCUCUCUAUUAUUUUUAAAACUUCACUCGCCACCAGUUGAUUAGAUAUACUAUUUCUGUAUUUGGUGGGUUUUAGGAUCGUCCUGAUCGAGCACUGUACCAGCCGCCAAGAAAAGGUAUUUUGGGAGCUGACCCACGAUCAACAGCAAAUUUUGCAGGAAAGGAGAAAGAAAAGAAGGAAAAGGAGAUCACGUCCUCGAUUACUGGUACUGGCGAAAAGAAACCACAAGUAGGAGAAUCUUCUAAGGAAAGUGGAAAAGAUGAAAAGGAAAAUAAUCACUAUCAACGAGUACAACGAGUGCGUAACAAGGUUAGUGAUUUUGCUAGAAAUAGUUAUGGAGAUUCCUGUGAAGCAUGAGUCCCUGUCCAGAAUCAGUGAGUCCCAGUUUAAAAAACGAGUCCAAAGUUCAAAUUGCUUGGUCCUUUCCUGUAUCCAGACAGUUAAUCUGAAAGCAGAAUCUAAAACUUUGUAUUGUAUAGACACCGAUGAAAUACCAGGAUUUUUCCAGUCACGAAUAUUUGGUACAAAAUACAUCUGAUCGAUCAACAUGACCAGAAACAACUAAUUCCCAUGUAGAAUCAAAGGGAAAAGUUGGUCACGUGGUACAAUUUUACGUUUGCUGUAAACGUGAUUGUAAACCUCUCUAUUAUUUCUAAGAUUUCACUCGUCACCAGUUGAUUACAUAUAUACUAUUUCUGUCUUUGGUCGGUUUUAGGAUCGUCCUGAUCGAGCACUGUACAAGCCGCCAAGAAAAGGUCAUUUGGGAGCUGACCCACGAUCAACAGCAAAUUUUGCCGGAAAGGAGAAAGAAAAGAAGGAAAAGGAGAUCACGUCCUCGGUUACUGGUACUGGCGAAAAGAAACCACAAGUAGGAGAAUCUUCUAAGGAAAGUGGAAAGGAUGAAAAGGAAAAUAGUCACUAUCAACGAGUACAACGAGUGCGUAACAAGGUUAGUGAUUUUGUUAGAAAUAAUUAUGGAGAUUCCUGUGAAGCAUGAGUCCCUGUCCAGAACCAAUGAGUCCCAUUUUAAAAAACAACGAGUCCAAAGUUCAAAUUGCUUCGUCCUUUCAUGUAUCCAGACAGUUAAUCCGAAAGCAGAAUCUAAAACUUUUUGUUAUAUAGACACCGAUGAAAUACCAGGAUUUUUUCCAGUCACGAAAAUUUGGUAUCCGGUGAAGACCCAAUUUUUAUCCUUCACAUGUGAAGAUAUUACGGUUGUCAUGGUUACGUCAGUCUCAGCCCAUAGGAAAAGAGCAUCACAGCAUCUCGCCAUCGGUGUCUAUAUAAUAGACAGAAUAUUACAUGCCCUCUUGUGGAUAUGUAUUUUAUCUAGCACUCGUGAGAUAUCAAGUUGAACACGAGAAGAUAAAAUUCGUAUCCACGUGCGGGCAUGUAAUAUCCUCUAUAUAUUACAGUAUACUUAAAUUAAGAUAUAGCCCUUCCUUUUUUAAAUCACAAGAGAAGCUAAAAAAAAUGUGCAUCGUUAAACAACCGCCAUAAAAACCGCUACAGAAAUCACAGGAAAAGACUAAUUUACCAAAACACGUAUUUAGAUCGAUCGAUUUUUGUGGGUCGCAUAUACCAGAGGUAAGAAUCACGGAAGGUAAAUAAACGUUGGCUGCUGUGUUUUUUGUUUCUUUUUUUAUUUUUCUUUGCCCGACCCUCAACUCCAGAACAGUCCUAUCUUCGCGCUUUAGAGUUUUGCGUACUCCAUUUCUCCUUCUCUAUCAAUGGAGAACUAACGAAAGGAGACUCUGCUCUCAGGGUGCCCACUUUUCUAAAUAACAUCUUUCCUCAAGGCUGCAAAACCUAAUUGUAGGGCUCAAGUAGUGCUAAUACGGAGUCACAAGUUAAAUGUUCAACACUCGAAUGAAGAUCACUAGUCGCACUUGCAAUUUGUCUGGACUAAGAAAGCAGCCGACAUGUCAGGACGUUGUUUCUCCAAGAACUGACGUCUGCGAAACGAGCACAGGAAUUAUAUACCUAUAGCGUGUCACUACUCAGAUUUGGGCGGUGCUUCUGAUCGGUCUUGCCGCGUGGGAAAUUUACUUCAGCCAGUCGUGGAGAAGCACUACCUAAACCAGGGCAGUGACACGUCACCAGUUUGGAAUUUUUGCGCUCCUUUCUCAGACGUCAUUUCUUGGUGAAACCAGCAGUGGUGUCGCCAAAUGUCGGCAUUUUUUCUAAGGCUAAAAAUUGUCAAAAUUAUUACAAUUUGGACAGAACGCGCGUGAAUUGGACAGAUUUAGAGUCACGUUCACGGCAAAAGGGGGAAAGGUGAGAUGUAGGUUGAGAAUUUUCCAAAUUUAGGAAAUAAACAAUUAAAAACUGUUCAAAAUACAUCUGAUCGAUCAACAUAAGCAGAAACAAUUAGUUCCCGUGUAGAAAUAAUAAAUAGCAAACAACAACUAUAAAUCAAAGGGAAAAGGUGGUCACGUGGUACAAUUUUACGUUUGCCGUAAACGUGAUUUUAAACCUCUCUAUUAUUUCCAAAAUUGCACUUGUCACCAAUACAUAUACUAUUUCUGUCUUUGGUGGGUGUUAGGAUCGUCCGGAUCGAGCACUGUACCAGCCGCCAAGAAAAGGUCAGUUGGGAGCUGAACCACGAUCAACAGCAAAUUUUGCCGGAAAGGAGAAAGAAAAGAAGGAAAAGGAGAUCACGUCCUCGGCUACUGGUAUUGGCGAAAAGAAACCACAAAUAGGAGAAUCUUCUAAGGAAAGUGGGAAGGAUGAAAUGGAAAAUAGUCGCUAUCAACGGGUACAACGAGUGCGUAACAAGGUUAGUGAUUUUGUUAGAAAUAGUUAUGGUGAUUCCUGAGAAGCAUGAGUCCCAGUCCAGAACCAAUGAGUCCCAUUUUGAAAAACACCGAGUCCAAAGUUCAAAGUACUUGGACCUUUUAUGUAUCCAGACAGUUAAUCUGAAAGCAGAAACUAAAACUUUUUGUCAUAUAGACACCGAUGAAAUACCAGGAUUUUUUCAGUCACGAAAAUUUGGUAUCCGGUGAAGAUACAAUUUUUAUCCUUCACAUGUGAAGAUAUCACGGUUGUCAUGGCUACUUCGAUUCGGUCUCAGCCCAUAGGAAAAGAGCAUCACAGCAUCUCACCAUCGGUGUCUAUAUAAUAAACAGAAUAUUACAUGCCUGCUUGUAGAUACGAAUUUUAUCUAGCACUCGUGAGAUAUCGAGUUAAACACGAGAAGAUAAAAUUCGUAUCCACGUGCGGGCAUGAAAUUUCCGCUAUAUAUAAUUAUUACAAUUGGGCAAAAACGCGCGUGAAUUGGAGAGAUUUAGGGUCACGUUCACGGCAAAAGGCUAGGGGAAAAGGUGAGAUGCUGGUUGAGAACUUUCCAAAAUUAGGAAAUAAACAGCUAAAAACUGUUCAAAAUACAUCUGAUCGAUCAACAUGACCAGAAACAAGUAAUUCCAUGUAGAAAUAAUAAAUACCAAACACCAAGUAUAAAUCAAGGGAAAAAGUUGGUCACGUGGUACAAUUUUACGUUUGCCGUAAACGUGAUUUUAAACCUCUCUAUUAUUUCCAAAAUUGCACUCAUCCCCAAUUGAUUACAUAUACUGUUUCUGUCUUUGGUGGGUUUUAGGAUCGUCCCGAUCGUGCACAGUACCAGCCGCCAAGAAAAGGUCAUUUGGGAGCUGACCCACGAUCAACAAGGGACACUAUUGCAUCGGGUACGUUCUUUAGCCGUUCAGUCUCAGAUUGAGUGAUAAGGUCUGGGAUGGUGUGUUUAACUUUAAACCUGAGUCUGUGGUUAAACGCCUAUGAUGUUACCAUUCAAGUGAAACUUCUUCAGCAGUAGUUUCGUAUGUUACUAUUUAUUUUGUACGUAGUUCUAACUUUUGUGUUUGUGGAUACACUUCUAUGAUAUUACUAACCAAAUGAAACCUCUUAAGCCGUACUUUCACGUGGGGGAAAAUUAAAGGCCCUACGACUUUACGUUUGGAAAUCCCCUGGUACGUGAUGCACGGAAAGCGUGUUAAAACGAUAGUUUGGGACUACGAUUACUCUUCGUUUUUAAUUUUGUUUUGCUAUGAAAAUACAUCACCCUUCCUGAUCUGACUACCACUGAACAAAAAGAUAAUUUACUACCCCAAAAAAGCAAGACCACACAAGACUGUUUUACAACUGCAAUAUGCAUGCUGUCGUUUCAAUUUUUCUUUUUCGUUAAUUAUUAUUCUUAGAAAAAGAUAAAAGCAAAGACGUCAAGAGGAAGGAAAAGAAUCGGGAACGCAAUCAGACAAGGAUGACUCGCGAUGAUAAACCACGUGAUAAGGAUCGUUACAGGUACCGUGACGACCACAGUGAGCGUGACAGAGAUGAUCGUGGC